AUGUCUCCUACCGAGCCCUCGUCAUUGAAUCCAGGAAAGCCGGCUGCCUUGCCUGUUGUCAACAGUGGCAGCCUGGAAGGAUUCAUUAAAUACAUCGGUAUACUGUCGUCAAGCUCCGAAACUCAAUUUGCAUCUGCCGUACUUGGCGAGAUCAGUCAGCAGCGCGAGCGGAUUCAUUCUCAGGAUGAAGAGCUGGAUAGACUUCGAAAGGAGAUUCUUGAUAUUAAAGAGAGAAAUAGAACGACUAUCGAAGAUAUGUUUGCUGCCAACGGGCAUGAAAAGGCAAAGCAGAGAGACUCCGCUGCGUACAUCGAGAAUCUUCAAGCUGUUGUCAACGACAGGGAGAACAAGAUUGCCGAAUAUUCGAAAAUUCUCGGAAAUACCCAGCAGAAAAUAGCGAAGUUGGAGUCAACUUGCUCGCAGGAGAUCGCUAAAGUCUCACAAGCGGCUAAGGACAUCAGUGAAUUGCAAACCAGUUUGAAAGAAAAAGAUAAGACGAUCGACCAAAUGAAAGCAGCUGGAUCGAAACUGAAAUCAAUGUUAUUAACUGAGCAGAAACGGAGCGAAGACCUGGAAGCUACCAAUGUAUCCAGAAACAAGGAGCUUCAGGCAGUCAGAGCUCGCAUUCAAACUUUGGAAGGCUUCGCCGUCCAAUCCUCAGAUAUUGAUGAAAAAUUUGUGGAAAUUGACCGACGCAUUUUUCAACCGAUAUACUUCCUUGCAGGAGGAAGCCAUCUUCGUGAAGCUCUUGAUCAUCUUGCAGAGAGCAAUACCGAAAAAGAGGCCUUUUGCCGUCGGAUAAUUCUCUCUAUCAAUCCUGGCGCCGAAAACGAAACUCUUGAAACUGAGAUUCGAGCCGUGGUCCAGAGAAUGUCCUCAUAUACGGGUGGCCUAUUUUCUGAAGCGCAGCAUGAUCUGUUUUGUACGAAAAUCAAGACGAUAGCUCAGAAUGCAGCUAAAGUUUGGCUUCCAAUUCAGCGAUCGCAACAGAAGUUUAAGACAGACUUCGAUCUUUUUGAUUCCGACGACGAUGAAUGGGAUCACUUUCCUUCCGCUGGUGAAAAUAAAACAUUGGCGGCACAGGAGCUUCAGGGCCUUUAUGUACUCAACAUUUCCCCCUGCGUUUCUUUGGUGGAAGAAGACAACUGUGGUCCAUUGACCAAUAUCAUCCAACUCCGCAGCUCUCAGGAAUUAUACUUGGCAGCGCAGAAUGAAGCCACUAAAACAGCAACCCCUGCUACCGCCAGAAGGUCUUCGACCCGCCCUAGGAGGCAAUCUACCGCAGGAUCGAAUGGCAAGCCUUUUUUAGGCGAAAAUCAAACCAAGGACUGA